AUGGCUACCAGGCUUACUAUUCUUGGCUACGAUUUCAAACAUCUCCCCAUGCGGGUGGGUCUGCCCUCAUUUCCUGCGCUCCACGCUCUUGCAAUGAUCGACUGCAAGAACGACGUUCAUUUCCACGUUCGCGUCAAACCAGAAUGUCUUCCAAAGCUACGAGCAUUAAUGAUUACAAGUGCCAAUUACAUACGCGGAGAUGACAUUAUUCGCUUAAUUGGAGGAACGAGCUGCUUGCGAGAACUCAUUGUGUACGGACCAAACUUGUACUUCAUGGAUUGCUCAAGUCUCCGCUCACACGCGCAGAGUCUUGAACUCCUCUUCUUCGGUAUACGGGACACCUCGCUUUCUAGUCUGGACGCACUGACAGCUCUGCGUCACUUGGGUGUUUCCAUGGAUGACCUCUAUUAUUCGAAGUCAACCAGGUUUUGUAUUGAGAGCAAGAAACGGCUCACUGAAGUCUUUGCAAACUUUGCGAGUCACAAGAAGCUACUGUCACUGACUUUGCGAUGUACCAUCGACUUCCUUAACGAAGAAGAGACAGGCCUACCGCUAGGUAUUGGGCAUUUCGAGGCGUUGAUAAGAGAUAAACUUCUUUCGUACAUCACGGAAAUGGGCUCCAUGAUCGACGAUAGUAUCCUUGAGUAUCUAGGUGUCGUCGUCCAAGGCACGGCCUAUCCUCCUGACCUACCUGUCAAGGCUACCGAGGGCCCCAAUCAAACCCCAGAGCACCCGAUAAAAGUGUUAUGUCUUCAACCAAAACAGAUGCUUCGAUCGGCAGACUUGGCCAGGGAGGAGAUGAUGGCACAAUAUGCCAAGGAUGAUUACUACUUUCUUGAGGGCUAUAUCGACACUAUGACCAAAGCAAGUCGCGUCGGGAUCUCUAGUGGCUCAAAAGUUGUUGCCUUUAAUUAA